CUCUCUGCUGGCACCACCCCUGACUAUAGCUAGAGCAACUGUCCCUAUUGUCUUAACACAGCCUUAAACAACAACAUUAACAAAGGUUUUUCUGAAAACCACACGCAACGUGGAAAAUACUUCUCUCAGUACAACUGGAACAACAAAACAUCAGACAGAAAACAGAGACACCGCCAACAAGCCGUGAAUCUUGAAUUACAGGAAGGGAAGUGGACAGUCUUACUCUGGUUUAUUCAAUGUUUUUUUUUUUUUUUUGCUUGUACAAUGGAGGCUGGGCUUCAUUCUGGACUUAAGCCAAGUGUCUACUACCUCUAGUACAGUCCCAGCUAAGACCUACUCAGAGCUGACAAGAGGCACCCAGUCAUCUCCAGUGUGAAGACAACAGCGAUUCCUCUCAUCAGCCAACAUGAAGAUUGCAUCCUUUAACAUCCAGAAAUUUGGGGUGAAUAAAAUAUCCAAAAAGGAAGUCCUGUCAACUAUCAUCAAGAUCGUGUCUCGAUAUGACAUCAUCCUCAUUCUGGAAGUUGUUGAUGCCGAUGGAAAAGCUGUGGAAAAAUUUGUGACUGAGCUGAACAAGGCGCAAACCAAGCACUAUUCUAUGUCUCUCAGCCCACGACUGGGCAGAAAGACAUACAAGGAGCAAUUUCUAUUCCUUUACCGGGAUGAUUCAGUGAAGCUUACAGAUACCUACCAGUAUGAAGACAAUCAAACAGGAGAUGUGGAUGCCUUUGCCAGGGAGCCAUACAUGGUGCGCUUCUCCUGUAAAAACACAGUGCUGAAGGAUCUGGUCCUGAUGCCAGUGCACACCACACCUAGAGAUUCCUUUAAGGAAAUUGAUGAGCUCUACGAUGUCUUUCAGGUCGUCAAGAAGAAAUGGAAAACUGAUAACAUCAUGAUCCUGGGAGACUUCAAUGCAGACGGAAAGUAUGUGUCCAAAAAGAAAAUGAAAAAAAUCCGUCUCAGGACUGAGCCUGGUUUUCACUGGCUGAUUGGGGAUGACGUCGACACCACAGUCAGUACUGGGAAUGACAACACUUAUGACAGAAUUGUGAUUUAUGGGGAAGACAUGCUGGAGGCUGUUGUUCCACAUUCAGCCAAACCUUUUAAUUUCCAGAAAGAGUACAGGCUUAAUAUGGAACUGGCGAAGGAUGUGAGUGAUCACUACCCAGUUGAAGUUGAACUGAAGUCUCCAAACAACUGUUCACCAUUCAACUCAACACUACUGGACAGUCUCAACAAUUUCAACGUACUCAAUGUUUUCAACUUUCUACAAUCACCAUCAUUUCGGGACACUUUGCUGGACUGCCUUAGUUGUGGAUCCCUCUCAUCAGCCAACAUGAAGAUUGCAUCCUUUAACAUCCAGAAAUUUGGGGUGAAUAAAAUAUCCAACAAGGAAGUCCUGUCAACUAUCAUCAAGAUUGUAUCUCGAUAUGACAUCAUCCUUAUCCUGGAAUUUGUUGAUGCCAAGGAAACCUCAGCGAGCAGAUUCCUGAGUGAACUGAACAAGGCACAAACAGGUCACCAGUACCGCAUGUCUCUCAGCACACGACUGGGCAGAACUAGAUACAAGGAGCAAUUUCUAUUCCUUUACCGGGAGGAUUUAGUGGACCUAGUCGAUACCUACCAGUAUGAAGAUAAUCAAGAAGGAGAUGUGGAUGCCUUUGCCAGGGAGCCAUACAUUGUGCGCUUCUCCUGUAAAAACACAGUGCUGAAGGAUCUGGUUCUGAUUCCAGUACGAGCCAAUCCUCAAGACUCCUUAAAGGAAAUCGAUGAGCUCUACGAUGUCUUUCAGGCUGUCAAGGAGAAAUGGAAAACUGACAAUGUCAUGAUUCUGGGGGACUUCCAUACAGAAGGCAGAUAUAUGUCUGAUAAGAAAGUGGGAGGAAAACGUCUCCGGACUGAGCCUGCUUUUCAUUGGCUGAUUGGCGAUGAUGUCAACACCACAACCAGUAACAAGAGUAACUCUUAUGACAGAAUUGUGGUUUACGGGGAUGACAUGCUGGACGCAAUAGUUCCAAAUUCAGCCAAACCUUUCAACUUCCGGAAAGAGUACAGGCUGGAUAUGGAAAAGGCUCUGAAUGUCAGUGAUCAUUACCCUGUGGAGGUUGAACUGAAGUCUGAAGAUCAGACAAAGAGCAGUCCUGGAACUGAACCUGGAUCUGGAGAAGUUCAACCAAAACCUGGCAAUAGAUGGCAAGGAGCAGAUAAGGAAUCUCAGUCGUCAGAGCAUUUGAGGAUUGCCUCCUUUAACAUCCAGAAGUUUGGAAUGAAUAAAAUAUCUAACACAAAGGUGCUGUCAACAAUCAUCAAGAUCGUGUCUCGAUAUGACAUCAUCCUCAUUCUGGAAGUUGUUGAUGCCAAUGGAAAAGCUGUGGAAAAAUUCCUGACUGAACUGAACAAGGCGCAAACCAGCCAUCACUACACCAUGUCUCUCAGCAAACGACUGGGCAGAAAGACAUACAAGGAGCAAUUUCUAUUCCUUUACCGGGAUGAUUUAGUGGACCUAGUUGAUACCUACCAGUAUGAAGAUAAUCAAGAAGGAGAUGUGGAUGCCUUUGCCAGGGAGCCAUACAUUGUGCGCUUCUCCUGUAAAAACACAGUGCUGAAGGAUCUGGUCCUGAUGCCAGUGCACACCACACCUAGAGAUUCCUUUAAGGAAAUUGAUGAGCUCUACGAUGUCUUUCAGGUCGUCAAGAAGAAAUGGAAAACUGAUAACAUCAUGAUCCUUGGAGACUUCAAUGCAGAUGGAGAUUAUGUGUCCAAUAGGAAAAUGAAAAAAAUCCGUCUCAGGACUGAGCCUGGUUUUCACUGGCUGAUUGGGGAUGACGUCGACACCACAGCCAAUACUGGGAAUGACAACACUUAUGACAGAAUUGUGAUUUAUGGGGAUGACAUGCUGGAGGCUGUUGUUCCACAUUCAGCCAAACCUUUUAAUUUCCAGGAAGCGUAUGGGCUUGAUAUGGAACUGGCACUGGAUGUGAGUGAUCACUACCCAGUUGAAGUUGAACUGAAGUCUGCACAUUAGGACAACAUUAAAUCCUUAAAGCGUGAAAUCUGCAGAUGUAUAGCCACAGCCUGAAAACUGUGGUAUAUGGAUGCUGAGACCAUCUAUCUAUUUGAAAUUGAGUUUAGUAAAACAAAAAAAGAAAAAACACAGGAAUAGGGUUUGGUGUGUCAGCAGUGAUAUAGUAACCACAACAGUCUUCAGAGGUAAAAUCAACAACUUUGCAUGUAGACUGAUUACUUUCAGCAACUUUAUUACAGCACGUUACAACAGGCACAGUGAUCUCUUCUCUAGGUUUUAAUAAACUUUAUGAUCACAUUGUGAACAAGUUACUGAACAAACACCAGUCAGCAUUAUGUUGGCUCCUAGAUCAUUUUAAUUAGGGAAACCUUUGCCUUCAUUGGGACCCACUGGUAACUUAAAUACUUAAUCCUGUCUAAAUGCACUCAAAUCUCAAUUAAAAAAUAAAAACAUACUUUUAUUCUUUCACAUUUGUAAGCGUUAGAUGAAAACAACCAUACUACAAAUCGGAGAUAGGCAGCAUGUAAGAUUUCUUUUGUUAGGCCAUAACCCACAAAGCAACGCCAUCCCUCGCUAGUUAAGGCUAUGAUGCAGCACACCCAAGACAUUCAACUGCACAAAGUUGGCCUUACCAGAUGGUAAAGCCCUCUUCUUCGGGUUCUAUAGCUCAGGGAAAAAGUUAUGCCAAGCACAACUUACACAUCAGGCAAUGGUUUACUAUAACAUGUGGGUUUAUGGUCAUGGUCACAUGCUCUUACCAGCUGCCAAUACCACAGGAACAUUUUGCAUCAAAUAACUGUGUGUGUAUUCUCAUAGUAGCCUGUCUUCAGUUAUGCUGUACUUGAAAAAGUCCAAAACAUUUCUAUAUACAGUAUAUGUAUAAAACAUCUCUACACCUAUUGCUGUAUGCAUUGUAAGUACGUUUAAUAAGAUUAAUCUGUUAUUCUGCCAUUUCAUAUGAAACCUAGAGAAAUUUCAAUAAAGUACGUAAAGUUGCAUUUUAUUUGAAAAUAAGAAA